UUAAAGCGAUGCAUCCAUUAUUUUGAAAUAAUCUCAUGAAAAGGUUUCGAUCAAUUAAUGUUCCCAUCGUGUAGAACCUCUUCGAAAUAUUAAAUUCAUGUCUCAUAGUGAUAAUCCUUAAUCAAAUAAUGAGGACAUUUUCUGCAUCAUAAGAUUUAUUACCUCUUUCCUCUUCAGAUUCCAAGUAAGGACCUGAGGUCCAGACGUAAAGUAAACCGCCCUCAUUCAAGACUGGAAUGACUUACUGUCGUCCUACAAUAAAAUGUUUGUCGCCACUCGAAAUCGACGCCUUCAAAAAUCAAAGUGGACAAGUCAACAAUACACUUGCCUAACGGUAAAAUUGAAAGCUUGUUAUUUUUAAUGGCCGCAUUAUACUGUGAGGCUAUUUAAAAAUUCUAGGCACUUGAGAAUGGCAUUGCCUACAUUUGUUUUGACAAAUGGGAAGUAUCAGCUUACUUCAAAUGUAUCAAUGACGGCUUCAUUACUUCAUCGACUGCAUUGUUAACUUGAUACACCUGUAAUCAACAAAGUGGAUGAAUGUUAAUUACACUUUAACGACAAGAAGUAAUGGGAGUUCCCGGAUAAUGCCAUAGUCGAUUUUUGGGUUUCGGCGUCUUGAGACAGUCAAUCGGGCGAAAACGCACUUAAAAAGUCAGUCGUGGCGGAAACGACCGCUCAGUUAUCUUCAAAUGGUCCAACGGCAAUACGAAAAAUACUCCGUACUAUCCAAGAACUGCUGAUAAAAUGGAGAAUCUUCUCAAAGUGGCCUGUAUGAGUGUUGUAAUUUUACUCUACUUGUUGAAUAGUUAUACAGAGUGCUGUAACGAAUCGGUAUGCGGUAGCAUCGUGAGCAAAUGUUUACUGAUGCAGUUAUGCAGAUGUACACCAGGUAACUACACGUGUAACAAAGAAUGUUAUUAUUGCCUGAAGGAUUCAUAUAGCGAGUGUUGCUCGUGCGUCGAACUAUGCGAGAUUCCAGAUCCGUAUCACACGGAAACUAUCGAUUCGUACAUAGGUGUUAUUGAUAAUUCCGUGCCCGGAUUGUUUCAAGCGUUGUCGGAAGAGGAAACGGACUGGACGAGCGAAACGUUCCAGAUUCAAUACCACGUCAAUCACAAGGAAUCGCCGAAAAUGAGCAGCUUUCCAAUGGACAACGACAUGAACGAGAUUCUUCGAAACGAGGAGAUGGAGUGCACCGUUGUGUUCUUGAAAAAUUGCACGAGCGUGUCGAAAUGUGAGAAAAUUUGCGCGUCGAUGGGCGCGUCCGGAUUCAGAUGGUUUCACGAUGGAUGCUGCGAGUGUGUGGGUGAGAAGUGUUUCAAUUUCGGACUGAAAGAAAGUAAGUGCAGAUUUUGCUCGUAUGGCGACGAAAUAGAUUGGGAGAGUUCGGAGGAUAUUUAUCAUUUUUCUGAAGACAACGAUCUCGGCGACGCUAACGAUAUUGUUGACAUGAUUUGGUAGAUUGAAGAUUUUAGUUAGAUUUAACAUAAUCAUCAUAGUAUGGGAUUUAUUUCAUAAAAUGCAAUUAUAUCUUGAUUUAUAUAAACUUUAUGUAUGAAUAUUUUUUAAUAAAUUAGGUUGAAAAACCAAAUAAAGGUGUUUCGAAUAGA